GCCCCAAGCUGAAAGUUUUCUGCCAGUUUCGAUUUGACUUGUGGGAAAAUGCUUUGCAGCCUAGUUAACUUCUACAAAUCCCCUUACAAUGUGUUUUUUUCCCCGGAAAACCAACUUCAUUUAACCUUUUUAUAAAAACCCCUAAAAAUGUAAUAGAUAUAUAUACACAAUGCUGGUGCUGACAUAUGUGCACCCAAAUGACACGCUGACAGAGGCUCAGGCUGCUCUGAGUUCUGCCAUCGGACUGACGAUGCCACAGCCUACCCAGCAUUUCCUAAUCCAUGUCCUCCUGUUGUGGACCACCAUCCUUUCCAUUUUCCAGGUGGUGGUCAUCAUCCUCUUCUUCACAGAUGGACAUCAUGGCCUGUCUCAGAACAGUAGCGCUGUAGCACCAGAGCGCACAAUGCAAUUCCAUACACCUUCGUCCUCCUCUGAGCAUGAGCUUCUCUUGGGAAAAGGCAAAAUGGUCACCUUUAAGGCUAUUGAAGCCACAAGUAAAAUUAAAUGGGUAGCAAUGACUCCAAAUAGUGAAGGCCUGAUCUCAAAAGAAGGAGAAUCUCUGACCAUAAAGAAGGAUGGAUAUUACUUCCUAAAUCUUCAGGUGACUUUGAAGUCACAGGAAUCGGACGAUCAGUCCGUCAGUCUGAUGUGGAACAAGAAAGUUCUCCUGCAGGGUUGGAUAAACACAAAGACACGCAGUACUGGCCUCCUCGGCAAGGUAGAGGUACUGCCUGCUGGAGGCACCCUGGAGGUCAUCAUGCAACCACCAACCAAUUAUAUAAAUGAUACCGAGUCUCUUACCCACCUGGAUAUCAUCUAUAUGCACAAGCCUUAGAUGCAACUCUUAUACCAUCCAUAGCUAUAUUCUAAAUCCUUGGCAUGUUCCAGGGCACCUGUACAGCUCUGGGACCCCCUCUGCAGCGAACCUGUUCAGAUGCAAAGUCUUUGCCUUUGGAUCUCCAAUCACUUAACUGUCUUUCUGCAGUCAGAAGGGUGACUGAGUCAUGGAUAAUUAAUAAAAAGGCUGGAUUCAACAUUGAAGACUAUCAUUUUCCCACAGGCUGGGUAAAUACGUCACUCUUUUAAAUUCUAGUCUACUAAAAAGAAAAAUCCACCUUUAAACGGGAUUUACAAAUUCAUUUAUUUUGGCUAGUAAAGUAUAUAUACUGUAGAGCAGCUCAGGAUUGGUCUAAGGUUGACAUCAUCACUACAAGUAUACCAUGGGUUUGGGGAAGGAGUUUUUUUGUAUAUUGAAUAGAUCAGAAAAGCAAAGUUCGAUUGUUCUCAUUGGCUCUCAAAUAGCUGUAAACAGGGAGCACAUUUUUAGUAAGUGAAGGUAUUCAGAGUGAACCAAUCUUACUUGAUUGUUUAAAUUGUAUUUGCUUGUUGGAGUUUCUUACAUUUAAAAUGUGUAUUAGUUAACUGCAAGAAUGUAUGUUUUAAAGUGCCACAUCUAUUGGCAAAACUGUGUUUGUUAUUUGCACAGCCCCAAUUUCCUACAUACUGAUUUAUUUCUUUUGAACUGUAUGGGUUAUAUAUUUAUGUUGUAUUUAUUUAUGGUUUGGGGCUAAAAUACUGUACACAGGUCUAUACUGUAUUUAUCAAAAUUCCAUGGACAGGUCAGCAAAUAAGCAAUGAAUGUAUGUCACUGUGUGACAAUGUAUGUCAUUGUGUGGCAUACAUACAGUAUAUGCAGUCAGUUACUGGAAUGUAUGUACAGUGUUUUCUUUAUUAAUUGUUGCAAUAAUAUGUAGCAAAAAUUGUACAAACUGGACAACAUGGUUGGUAAGUGUUUUAAAAGAAAGUACAAAAUUGUAGAUACGAUUUAUUUGUUUAGACAUAGUAUUGUGGAAUUAUCGUGUCUGUACAUCUCUAAAAAUUUUGAGAAAUUGAAUUCAUGUAUUUGUUAAUCAUGUAAAAAUGAGAACCACAAUUACAUACAUUAGUAUUCUAUUUUCAUAAUCUAAAUUUAAAAUGAAAAGUGAAAUGACUUGACAGAACUAAGCUACAAAUCUCCUUCACUACUUGCACCGCACAUUAUGACACGUGAAAUCACGACUCAUGGUGGUUUAUGCGGAAAGUUUCAUGUGUUAACAGAAGUUGAAAGAAAUAUUUGGUUUUGUCAAUGAUUUUCAGUUGUCUUUAACCAGCAACUGCUUGCACCCCUGAUGGUAUGUGUACAUUAGUGUGAUGCAUUCAAAAAAACAUUGCAUUUGUUCUGGAAACCUUUAUACAUGUGUCUUUACAUCUGACUACAUCUACAAAACUUUGUUAUAAUUAAAAACUAUAUUUUCUUCA